AUGGUAGCACUGGCACUACUUGAGUCGUCGGGGGCUAUUACUCUGAUUGAUUUGGGAUUUGGGACUACCCAAGAUACCCCAGAAGGAGGAAUUGUCCGACCAUGCUUAUGGCGUACUGGCUGGGUAUCCGUCAGAAUCCACGCGCUGAGCCCAUCUGAAACAGAACAGGUGCAGAGAUCGUCACCGGAGAAGCAGGUGUCAAUGCUUCGCAGUCUCCCGUUUCUGAACCAAACCUUGUGUGUCCGGAUUCGAUUCUCUGGCUCUGAAGGUAGUAUCUUGAAGUUCCUUGACCAGGCUGCAGGAAUGCAUCUCACACGGCGGCAACCCCCCGCGCCUUCACGCCUUGUCCAACUUGACCAUUCCAAGGAUCAGUUAGGUGGCUUCGCUGGGGCGCAGCAAUCGGCCAUCCCCGAAACCCUGCCGCGAAAAAUAAUAUCGGAUGAAUUAUCAUGGAUGAUUAUUAUAGUGAACCAGUCUGGAUACUUUUCCGAAUUUUCGAGGGUCUCUUCCGCAGGGAUGAAACAUCCGAUGCGCUAUUCUGCGCUAUUCUGGUGUAUCGCACUCGCUCGUUCAAGACGCUGA